AUGACUGAUGAAUUCAAUCGAUAUUAUAUCAAAAUUCGAGCUAUUUUGGGAAUAGAUUCAAAAACAAUCUUUGACGAACUUACAGAGGCAUUGGGACCUGAUGCUCCAUCAUAUCCAACAGUCAGAAGAUGGGCGAAACGUUUUCGUGAAGGAAGAGACGAUGUCACUGAUGAUCCUCGAUCUGGUCGUCCGAUUUCGGUACUUACAGAUGAAAAUGUUGAACGCGUUCGACAAGUUAUCGAAGAUGAUCCACACUCAACUUAUGAUGAUAUUAUGGGUGAGACUGAUCUAUCACGUGGUACAAUAGAACGAAUUAUUCAUGAUCGUCUAAAGAUGAGAAAAGUUACAUCACGUUGGGUUGCUCAUCAACUUACUGACGAACAAAAACAAAAACGACUUAGAAUUUGUCGUCAAAAUUUAGAGAAAUUUAGAAAUGGAACAUGGCAUUUAUGUGAUGUUAUUACUGGUGAUGAGACAUGGAUUUAUCACAGGCAGAUUGGUCGAAAGUCAAGCAAUGCUACUUGGGUUGGCGAAAAUGAACUACCAAGAACCAUUGUUCGUCGGAAUAGAUUUGAACCUAGAACACUAUUUUGCUUCUUCUUCAAAUCCACUGGUUCUCUUCUCAUACACAAAGUAGAUAAGGGCAAGACAAUCGAUCAUGACUACUAUAUUGAUAAUUGUCUUAUACCUGUUAUCAAUGAAAUAAGAAAAAAGGAAAAGUCAUCACGUACUACAUAUAAAAUGCUUCAUGAUAAUGGUCCUCCUCAUACUCAUCCAGAUGUUAUUGAUUAUUUAAUGGAGGAAGGAAUCGAAAUCAUUCCACAUCCACCAUAUUCACCAGAUCUCGCACCCAAUGAAAAUCCAACUACAAUAUCAAUUGUAUGUUGUCGUAUUACUGCUCUUAGUUUUUCCGGAAUCAAUACAUAGCCACCGUCACAAAAAGAGCACACACAGGAUAAUGAUUGUGGCGCCCAAUCAACAGUAACAUGUCCAACAGCCGCUUGGAAUAAUACCUUUCGAACAUUAGCAGGUAUAUCAGGUCAAGCAGCAAGUACAGCAACAGCACUUUAUUAUCCAUAUCGUGCUUUGUAUGGUCCCGGUAAUAUACUGUAUGUCGCUGAUCAGAGUAACAAUCGCAUUCAAAAAUUUGCUGGUGGAUCAGCAACAGCAACAACCGUUCCAGGUUUAACUUUAUAUAAUCCAUGUGAUAUUUAUGUUGACAAUAAUAAUGUUCUAUAUAUACUGGAUACUAGCAAUUAUCGGAUAUUGCGUUGGAAUAAUAGCAAUGUUGCAGUAGUAGCUGGUGGUCGUGGUAACGGUGGAGCAUAUAACCAAAUAUCGACAAGUUAUUCAAUGUUUAUUGAUUCAUCCACUAAUAUAUACGUAUCAGAUUACGGAAAUCAUCGUGUUGCUUUAUGGCCAGCUGGAAAUCCAAAUAUGAGUCAAGCGGUUGCCGGUGGAUACGGAGCUGGAGGAGCAUCAUACCAGCUUUAUUAUCCUCUUGGCAUUUAUAUUGACAAUGUCGGAAAUUUAUAUAUUGCUGAUAAUUACAACCACCGUAUUCAACUAUGGUACCCUGGUGCAGCUAUAGGUAUCACAGUGGCUGGUCGGUCAGGUGUAUCGGGUCCAUGGCCAUAUUUAUUAAGUUAUCCAGCAUCGGUGAUUUAUGAUCAAUAUAAUUAUCUUUAUAUUCUUGAUGAUAGCAAUAGUAGAAUUACACGUUGGGUUCCUGGUGCAGAAUACGGAAUAACUGUUGUAGCAGCACCAAUGACUAAUCCACGAGGAUUAACUUUUGAUGCUAAUGGAAAUAUGAUUGUAACUGAUAAUAAUAAUCAUCGAAUUAUUUCAUUUGCCAUGUAUUGUCCGCCGAAUGUAACAACAACAACAACACUACCAACACCUCAAGUAACCAUUCCAGUGUGUCAAACAGCUGCUUGGAAUCAAAGUUUUACGGUUUUAGCUGGGUCAUCAGGAAAUGCUGGAACAUCAUCAAUUUUACUUUAUCAACCAUAUAGUUCAUUUAUUGAUAUAUAUGGAAAUCUUUAUGUUGUUGAUCGUUAUAAUCAUAGAAUUCAAUAUUUUCCAAGAGGUUCAACAACAGCAACAACAGUUGCAGGUGUAACAUCAAAUGGUGGUUCAAGUUAUUCUCAAUUAUCUAAUCCAUCAAGCAUUUAUGUUGAUGCAAAUCGAGUAAUGUACAUAUUAGAUACAAGUAAUUGUCGGGUACUUCGAUGGACUCCUGGAGAUCCACUUGGUUAUUCUGUUGCCGGUGAUCAUGGUUGUGGAGCAGCAUUAACGCAAAUUGAUGCUAGUUAUUCUAUGUUUAUUGAUAAUCAAUAUAAUAUUUAUAUAUCAGAAUAUGCAAAUCACAGAGUUACGCUAUGGUCACCAACUAAUACAUCAGCUGGAACUUUGAUUGCUGGUGGUUAUGGUUCUGGAAGUACACCAGAGAGACUAUAUCGCCCAUGGGGAAUCUAUGUUGAUUCAAAUCAAGCAGUUUACGUGGUUGACAGGUCGAAUCAUAGAGUACAACUUUGGUAUUCAGGAGCACUAUCAGGAAUAACUGUAGCUGGUUCAACAAGUGUUUCAGGUCCUUGGUCAUACCUAUUCAAUAAUCCUACUGCCAUCACUCUUGAUCCAUAUGGUUACAUGUACAUUUUGGAUGCUGGAAAUUCACGGGUUCAAAAAUGGCUACCAGGAGCAGAUUAUGGAACAACAGUUAUAUCAACAUCGAUGAGUACUCCAUAUGGAUUAAUAUUUGAUCUUCGUGGAAAUAUUGUUAUUAGUGAUACAUUCAACUAUAGAAUUUUAUCUUUUUCUAUGACAUGUCCUAAUGCUACAACAACAACAGCAUCACCACCAACAUCAACACAAGCUUCAUUGUGUCCAACACCUCAAUGGAAUCAAACAUUUUCAAUAUUGGCUGGUAUAACAGGAAGUGCAGGAACUUCAACAACUUUAUUAUACAAUCCAUAUAAUAUUUAUUUUGAUGGAUAUCAAAAUUUAUAUGUUGCUGAUACAACUAAUCAUAGAAUUCAAUAUUAUCCUCGUGGAACAUCAAUAGGUGCCACUGUAGCUGGAAGUUCAGGUUCUUAUGGUAGUACUUAUGCUCAAUUAUAUAAUCCAUAUGCAAUCUAUGUUGAUUCACAUCGAGCCAUGUAUAUAUUAGAUACAAGUAAUUAUCGAGUUUUACGAUGGCAAUUUGGUGAUCCAUUUGGUUAUGUUGUUGCUGGUGGAAAUGGUAACGGUGCAGCAUAUACUCAAAUAGGUGCAAGUUAUGCUAUGUUUGUUGACAGUCAAUCGAAUAUUUAUGUAUCUGAAUCUAAUAAUCACAGAGUUACAUUAUGGUUAUCAAGUAAUACAACAUCAGGAAUAUUAGUUGCUGGUGGAAAUGGUGCUGGAAGUUCUUCAGAAAGAUUAAAUAGUCCUUGGGGUAUUUAUGUUGAUUCUAAUCAAGCGAUGUACAUUGUUGAUAGAAGUAAUCAUCGAGUACAAUUUUGGCUUAAUGGAGCAAUAAGUGGCACAACUGUUGCGGGUAAAACUGGUGAUGCAGGUCCAUGGUCUUAUCAAUUGAGUAGUCCAACAUCAAUAUUGUUAGAUCAAUAUGGUUAUUUGUAUAUAUUGGAUUUUGGAAAUGAUCGAAUUCAAAAAUGGUAUCCGAGUGCAAUUUAUGGAACAACCAUUAUAGCAGCAUCUUUUUCUAAUCCCUAUGGAAUGCAAUUUGAUCUUCUUAAAAAUCUUGUUGUAGCUGAUAGUUCUAAUCAUCGAAUUUUAUCCUUUCGUGUAUUUUGUGCUGCUACAACAACAACGUCAACACUUGCACCGACAUCAUCACCAAGGUCAAUAUGUGCAACAGCCCAAUGGAAUCAAACAUUUUCAAUAUUGGCUGGUAUAACAGGAAGCAGCGGAGCAACAUCCACAUUAUUAAGUAGUCCGUAUGAUGCUGUUUUGGAUGGGUAUCAAAGCUUAUAUGUUGUUGAUACAAGUAAUCAUAGAAUUCAAUACUUUCCUCGCGGAACAACAACAGGUAUAACUAUUGCUGGAAGUUCAGGUUCUGCUGGUAGUGCCUACGCUCAAUUGAAUAGUCCACAUGCAAUUUAUGUUGAUUCGAACCGAACAAUGUAUAUAUUAGAUACAAGUAAUUAUCGAGUUUUACGAUGGCAAUUUGGUGAUCCAUUCGGUUAUGUUGUUGCUGGUGGAAAUGGAGCUGGUGCAGCAUUUACUCAAAUAACAACAAGUCAUGGCAUGUUUGUUGAUAGUCAAUCGAAUGUCUAUGUAUCUGAAUAUGGUAAUCAUAGAGUUACAUUAUGGUUAACAACAAAUACAACAUCAGGAAUAUUGGUUGCUGGUGGAAACGGUGCUGGAAGUACAUCAGAAAGAUUAAACAAUCCUUGGGGUAUUUAUGUUGAUGUUAAUGGAUCAAUGUAUAUAUGUGAUACAUCGAAUCACCGAGUACAGCUUUGGAAAUCUGGAGCAAGCAGUGCCACUACUAUUGCUGGUUCAACUAGUGAUCCAGGUCCAUAUGCAUAUCAAUUAAAUACUCCAACAGGCAUAACUGUUGAUCCAUAUGGUUAUAUAUAUGUAUUAGAUUCUGCAAAUGAUCGAAUUCAAAAAUGGUAUCUUGGUGCAACUUAUGGAAUAACAGUAGUCGCAACACCACUGGCUAGUCCUUAUGGAUUGCAUGCUGACAAUCAAGGAAAUCUUGUUGUUACUGAUUCAUUGAGCCAUCGAAUUCUAUCUUUUGCUAUGACAUGUCCUGCUACAACAACAACAACGACGGCACCAGCAUUUCAAGCAACUGUUCCAGUUUGUUCUACUGCUGUUUGGAAUCAAACAUAUUCUACACUAGUGGGAUCUUUGGGAACAUCUGGUUCAACAACAACAUUAUUAUAUAAUCCAACAAGUAUUGCUUUUGAUGGAUAUGGAUAUAUGUAUAUUGCUGAUUUAACUAAUCAUAGAAUUCAACGAUAUCCACCAGGCUCAAAUGUUGGAGAUACUGUAGCUGGUGUCACUGGCUCUUUGGGGAGCACACGAGCACAACUUUAUAAUCCAUAUGGAUUACAUGUUACUCGUAAUAGAACGAUGUUUAUAUUAGAUACAACAAAUUAUAGAGUUUUAAAAUGGCAAUUAGGAGAUGCAAUGGGUUAUAUUGUUGCUGGUGGAAAUGGUAAUGGUGGAGGAUAUAAUCAAAUUGGUGUAAGUUAUGCAAUGUUUGUUGAUGGUCAAUACAAUAUAUACAUAUCGGAAAGUAGUAAUCAUAGAAUAACAAAAUGGUCUAUGUCUAAUACAACUUAUGGAGCUUUGGUUGCUGGUGGCAAUGGUGUGGGUAGUACAGCGGAUAAAUUAUCAAGUCCAUGGGGAGUCUAUAUUUCUAAUAAUUCGACAUAUAUUGUUGAUCGAGGAAAUCACAGGGUGCAAAAAUGGGAUUUCGGUGCGAGUCUUGCUACAACAGUUGCUGGUUCAACAAGUGAUCCAGGUCCAUGGUCAUAUCAAUUUGAUUCUCCAACCUCACUUACAAUGGAUCCGUAUGGUUAUCUGUAUAUAUUAGAUUUCAAUAAUGACCGAGUUCAAAAAUGGUAUCCAGGUGCUCCCUAUGGCACAACAGUUGUAUCAACAUCAAUGUAUUCACCACAUGCUAUGCAAUUUGAUCCGUAUGGAAAUCUCGUUAUAUCAGAUACCUCGAAUCAUCGUGUUAUAUCAUUCAAUAUGCUUUGUCCGUCACCUACCACAACAACAACAUCGCCACCAACUCAAGCAGCAAUACCAGUAUGUCAAACAGCCAUAUGGAAUCAAACAUAUUCAACAUUAGCUGGAUCAAUGAACACACUUGGAUCAGGGUCAACAUUACUUUAUUAUCCGUACGAUGUUGAUUUUGAUGGUUAUGGCAAUAUGUAUGUUGUUGAUUAUUCUAAUCAUAGAAUCCAAAGAUUUCCAUCAGGAUCGAACACUGGUACAACAGUAGCUGGUUCAUCAGGUUCAGCUGGAAGUUCACGUUCACAAUUAAACUCUCCAUCAAUGAUCUUUGUGGCUCCAAAUCUAGCAAUGUAUAUUUUAGACACAAAUAAUUAUAGAAUUUUAAAAUGGCAAGUUGGUGACACAUUAGGUUAUGUUGUAGUUGGUGGAAAUGGUAACGGUGGUGCAUACACUCAAAUUGGUACAACUUAUGGAAUGUUUGUUGACCAAAAUUAUAAUAUUUAUGUAUCUGAACAAACGAAUCAUCGUGUAGCAAAAUGGUCUAAUGGAAAUACAACUGCUGGAGUUUUAGUUGCUGGUGGAAAUGGUGCUGGAAGUACAGCUGAUAAACUGAGUUCACCAUGGGGAGUAUACGUUGAUGGAAAUAGAGCUAUUUUUGUUGUUGAUCGAGGAAAUCAUAGAGUACAAAAAUGGGAUGCAGGUGCGAGUGUUGGUGUAACAGUAGCUGGUUCAACAAGUGAUCCAGGUCCAUGGUCAUAUCAAUUUAAUAGUCCAACAGCAAUUACAUUCGAUUCAUAUGGUUAUAUGUAUAUAGUUGAUUAUAGUAAUAACAGAGUUCAAAAAUGGUAUCCUAGUGCCAGUUAUGGUAUAACUGUUGCAUCAGGAUCAAUGAGUUUACCAAUCGGAAUGACAUUUGAUCGUCUUGGAAACAUGGUUGUAGCUGAUACAAGUUAUCAUAGAAUUAUUUCUUUUAAUGUUGCGUGCCCUUCAACAACAACAACGACAUCAGCACCACCAAUGCUAAUAACAACUCCACUAUGUUCUACAGCUUCGUGGAAUCAAACAAUGUCGAUUAUAGCUGGUUCAACAUCAAGUGCUGGAUCAACAUCAACAUUAUUAUAUAAUCCGUAUGAUAUUGAUUAUGAUGGUUAUGCAAACCUGUAUGUUGUUGAUUAUACUAAUCAUAGAAUUCAAAGAUUUCAACUAGGGUCUCAGACUGGUACAACCGUAGCUGGUUCAACAGGUUCAGCUGGAAGUUCACGUGCACAAUUGUAUUAUCCAACAGCAAUGAGUGUAACUAAAAAUGGAACAAUGUUUAUAAUGGAUACAUCAAAUUAUCGAGUUUUAAGAUGGCAAGUUGGUGAUACAUUAGGUUAUGUUGUUGCUGGUGGAAAUGGUAACGGUGGUGCAUUUACUCAAAUUGGGGCAAGUUACGAAUUAUUUGUUGACAAUCAAUAUAAUGUUUAUGUGUCUGAAAAUGCUAAUCAUCGAAUUACCAAAUGGUUAUCUGCAAAUCCUACUACUGGAGUUUUAAUUGCUGGUGGAAAUGGUGCUGGAAAUACAGCAGAAAAAUUGAAUUUACCAUGGGGAAUUUAUCUUGAUAGUACCGGUGGAUUAUAUAUUGUUGAUCGUGGUAAUCAUCGUGUUCAAUAUUGGGCAUAUAGAGCAAGCUUUGGUUUAACAGUAGCUGGUUCAACAAGUGAUCCAGGUCCAUGGUCAUAUCAAUUUAAUAAUCCAACAUCAAUAACACAAGAUAUAUAUGGUUAUAUCUAUAUUAUGGACUUCACAAAUGAAAGAAUUCAAAGAUGGAUUCCAGGUGCACCAUUUGGUAUUACUGUUGCAGCAACAAAUAUGUAUAAUCCAUAUGGUAUGACAAUCGAUCCAUUUGGAAAUCUGAUUGUAGCUGAUACGUCUUAUCAUCGCGUUAUAUCAUUUAGUCUUACAUGUCCGGCUCCAACAUCGACUACACCUGCACCAGCAACUCAAGCAAUUGUUCCAUUAUGUCCAACAGCUACUUGGAAUCAAACAUCUUCUACAAUCGCUGGAUCAAUAUCAGCAGCUGGAUCAACACAAACUUUACUUAAUACACCAUAUGACAUAGAUUUUGAUGCUUAUGAAAAUAUGUAUAUUGUUGAUUUUAAUAAUCACAGAAUUGAAAGAUAUCCGCAUGGAAUAUAUAUUGGUACUACAGUAGCCGGAUUUUCACUUGGAAGUGGAGGUUCACGUUCAGAAUUGUAUUAUCCAACAUCAAUAAGUGUAUCGAAAAAUGGAACAAUGUUUAUAUUAGAUAGAAGCAAUUAUAGAGUUUUGAGAUGGCAAGUUGGUGAUACAUUAGGUUAUAUUGUUGCAGGUGGAAAUGGUAAUGGUGGUGCAUUUACUCAAAUUGGUACAAGCUAUGGAAUUUUUGCUGAUGAACAAUAUAAUAUAUAUAUAUCUGAACAAACAAAUCAUCGUGUUACUUUAUGGUUUAAUGGAAAUACAACUGUUGGAACUUUGGUUGCUGGUGGAAAUGGUCAAGGAAAUACAGCAGAAAAACUAAAUUCUCCAUGGGGAGUUUAUGUUGAUUCAAAUCAAUCAAUUUAUGUUGUUGAUAAAGGAAAUCAUCGAGUACAAAAAUGGGGUGCAGGAGUCAAUGGUGGUUUAACAGUAGCUGGUUCAACAAGUGAUCCAGGUUCAUGGUCAUAUCAAUUCAAUAAUCCAACAGCAGUUACAUUAGAUCAAUAUGGUUAUCUUUAUAUAUUAGAUUCGGGUAACAAUCGAAUUCAAAAAUGGUAUCCUGGUGCAAGUUAUGGUACAACGGUUACAUCAGGAUCACUGAGUUCACCAAUUGGAUUAAAAUUUGAUCGUCUUGGCAAUUUAAUUGUAGCUGAUACAUCUUAUCAUCGUGUUGUUUCAUAUAGUGUAAUGUGUCCUGCAACAACAACAACAACAACGUUACCUCCACCUCAAACUCGAGUUCCAUUAUGUGCAACAGCAAUAUGGAAUUCAUCAUUUACAAUGGUUGCUGGCUCAACAUCAAGUCCCGGAUCAACAUCAACAUUAUUAUCAUCUCCAUAUGGUCUUACUUUUGAUGGAUAUGGAUAUAUGUAUGUUAUUGAUUAUGGUAAUCAUAGAAUUCAAAGAUUUCAACAAGGAUCAAAUAUUGGAUCUACAGUAGCUGGUUUAAAUCCAUCAUCUGGUAGUGGACGUUCAGAAUUCAAUGGUCCAUCAGCUUUAUAUGUUGAUUCAAGUCAAACAAUGUAUGUAUUAGAUACUUAUAAUUAUCGUGUUAUAAAAUGGCAAAUUGGAGACACAAUUGGUACAGUUAUUGUUAAUGGUCGAGGUUCUGGCUCAACAUUUGAUAAAAUAGGAAGAAGUCAUGGAUUUUUUGUUGAUACUAAUUAUAAUAUAUAUAUAUCUGAAUUUGGAAAUCAUCGUGUUACAUUAUGGUAUAAUGGAAAUAAUACUGCUGGAUUAUUAGUUGCUGGUGGAAAUGGUCAAGGGAGUACAGCAGAAAAACUAAAUUCACCAUGGGGAAUUUAUGUUGAUAAUACAAGUGGAAUAUAUAUUGUUGAUCAAGGAAAUCAUCGUGUCCAAUAUUGGCCUUCAGGUGCAAGUGUUGCAACAACUGUCGCUGGUACAACAGGUAGUGUUGGCCCAUGGUCCUAUCAAUUUAGUAGUCCAACAUCAAUUAUGCUUGAUCCUUAUGGUUAUAUCUAUGUUUUGGAUACUGGUAAUGCACGAGUUCAAAAAUGGUUUCCAGGAGCUCCAUAUGGAAUAACAAUAUUAUCAGCAACAAUGAGUAAUCCAACGGGAAUGUCUCUUGAUUUUUCAGGAAAUUUAUUUAUAGCUGAUACAUCUUAUCAUAGAAUUUUAUCUUUUGCUCUAUUAUGUCCAUCACCAACAACUACAACAACGCAGCCACCGACUUCAUCCCAGAACCAAAUUUGUGCAACAGCUGUUUGGAACCAAACAUCUACAGUAGUAGCUGGUAUAACAUCUAGUGCUGGAACAACUACAACAUUAUUAUAUAAUCCAUCUGAUAUUCAUUUUGAUGGGUAUGGAAAUAUGUAUGUUGCUGAUAGAACGAAUCAUAGAAUUCAUUUAUUUCGAUCAGGACAAACUAUAGGUACAACUGUUGCUGGAACUGCAGGUUCUGCUGGCAAUACUUAUUCACAAUUAAAUAAUCCAUAUGGAAUAUUUGUCUCAUCUAAUAAAACAAUGUUCAUAUUAGAUACAUUGAAUUAUAGAGUUUUAAGAUGGCAAUUAGGAGACCCACUUGGGUAUGUUAUUGCUGGUGGAAACAGUAAUGGUGGUGCAUCUAAUCAAAUUGGUACAAGUUAUGGUAUAUUUGUUGAUGAUCAAUAUAAUGUUUAUGUAUCAGAAAGUUCAAAUCAUCGUGUUACUCUAUGGUCUAAUCACAACAGAACUGCUGGAGCUUUGGUUGCCGGUGGCAAUGGUCAAGGAAAUGCGAAUGAAAAACUAAACUCACCAUGGGGUGUUUAUGUUGAUGCAAAUCGCACAGUUUAUGUCGCUGAUUCAGGAAAUCAUCGUGUACAACGUUGGGAUGCAGGGUCAGGCACUGGUGUAACUGUGGCUGGCUCAACAAGUAGUGCAGGACCAUGGGCAUAUCAACUGAAUAAUCCAACAUCAAUUAUAUUGGAUCCAUACGGAUAUUUAUAUGUAUUAGAUUCUGGAAAUUCAAGAGUCCAAAGAUGGUUUCCUGGAGAUAGUUAUGGUAGAACUGUUAUAUCAGCUACAAUGAGCAGUCCAUCAGCAAUAAAGAUAGACCUUUUAGGAAAUUUUGUUAUUGCUGAUACCUCGUAUCAUAGAGUAUUAUCAUUUGGCUUAUUGUGUCCUGGCACAACGACAACAACUAGUCCACCUCCGACUGUAACAACAAUUCCUCUAUGCUCAGCAGCAACAUGGAAUUCAACAUCUACCACAGCAGCUGGCUCUCAGGGUACGACUGGUUCAACAGCAACAUUACUUUAUUAUCCAUAUGAUGUUGACUUUGAUUCUUAUAAUUAUAUGUAUGUUGUUGAUUAUUCUAAUCAUAGAAUUCAAAGAUUUCCUCCAGGAUCAAAUACAGCUGCAACAGUAGCUGGUUCAACAGGUUCACCUGGAAGUACACUUGCACAAUUGAAUAAUCCAAGUGCAAUUUAUGUCACUGCUAAUCAAAUAAUGUAUAUCAUGGAUACAUCAAAUUAUAGAGUUUUAAAAUGGAAAUUAGGAGACCCACUUGGGUAUAUUGUUGCUGGUGGAAAUGGUAAUGGUGGUGCAUUUACUCAAAUUGGUACAAGUUAUAGUUUAUUUGUUGACAGUCACUAUAAUAUAUAUAUAUCUGAACAAACCAAUCACCGUGUUACUAAAUGGUCUAACGGAAAUACAACUGCUGGAGCUUUGAUUGCUGGUGGAAAUGGUCAAGGAAAUACACCAGAUAAAUUAAAUUAUCCGUGGGGAAUUUAUGUCGAUAGUAGUAGUACUCUGUAUGUUGCAGAUAGAAGUAAUAAUCGAAUCCAACGAUGGGAUUCAGGUGCUGCUAAUGGUAUAACUGUUGCUGGUGAUACGAGUGGUACUGCUGGUUCUUUUUCGUAUCUAUUGAAUAGUCCAACAGGGGUUAUGGUCGAUCAGUAUGGUUCUAUCUAUGUAUUAGAUUCAGGAAAUACACGAAUUCAAAAAUGGACUUCAGGAGCAACGUUCGGCACAACAGUAUUAACAACAACAUUGAGUAAUCCAUUAGGGAUGGGAGUCAAUGCUGUUGGAAAUUUAUUUAUAGCCGAUACAAAUUCUCAUCGCGUUCAAUCGUUUUCGGUCUACUGUCCUGUAACAACAACAAGUGCUCCUCUAUCAAUACAAGUUUCAACCCCAUUAUGUUCAACCGCUGUGUGGAAUUCUUCAGUAACUUUAAUUGUUGGUGCAACAGGAACGUCAGGAAAUUCGCCAACAUUUGUCUCAAGCCCAUACGAUGUGACAUUUGAUAAAUAUCAACAAAUGUAUGUUGCUGAUUAUGGUAAUCAUAGAAUUCAACAAUAUACAUUCGGAUCAAAUGUAGGACAAACAGUUGCUGGUAUAACUUCAUCUGCUGGAAGUACAUUAGGUCAACUUAAUAAUCCAUCUGCAGUUUAUGUUGAUGCAAAUGACAAUAUGUAUAUAUUAGAUACAUCAAAUUAUCGAAUUCUUCGAUGGGAAUUAGGAAAUCAACUAGGCACUAUUAUUGUUAAUGGUCGUGGUUCAGGUACAACAUUAGAUAAAAUAGGAACUAGUUAUGCUAUGUUUGUUUUUAAUGCAACAUCUAUUUAUGUAUCUGAAUAUGGAAACAAUCGAGUUACGAAAUGGAUAAUAUCAAAUAACAAUCUUGGACAAUUGAUGGCAGGUGGAGCUGGUGUCGGUAGUACAUCAGAAAAACUAAAUGGUCCAUGGGGAAUUUAUGUUGAUAUUAAUGAAACAUUGUAUGUUGCUGAUCGAUUGAAUCAUCGUAUUCAAAAAUGGGUUUUUGGAUCACCAAUUGGUAUAACAAUAGCUGGGCAAAGCGGAGUAUUAGGUUCAUGGUCAUAUCAAUUUAAUAAUCCAACAUCUCUUACAUUUGAUCAAUAUGGUUAUAUGUAUGUAUUAGAUGCAGGAAACUCACGAGUCCAAAAAUGGUCAAUAGGUAUGACAUAUGGUUUCACAGUUGUAUCAGGAUCGAUGUCAAGUCCAUCUGCAAUGCAUUGGGAUUUUUCAAAUAAUAUCUAUGUUGCUGAUACAUCAUCACAUCGAAUUAUGUCGUAUAAUAUUUUAUGCCCUCCAACGACAACAACAACUGUAGCAUCUUCAACACUACCACCGAAUGCAGCAUGUCAAUCAGGUGUUUAUAAUGCAACAUGGUCAAUUGUAGCUGGAGUUUCAUCCGCUACUGGAACAACAUCUAUACAUUUGAAUAGUCCAACUGAUGUGUUUGUAGAUGGAAAUUUUAAUAUUUAUGUUGCUGAUUAUGGAAAUAGCAGAGUUCAAAAAUAUAAAUUAGGAGUUUUUGCUGCUAGUUCAACAGUAGCUGGUUAUACAUUAGCUGGGGGUUCAUCAUAUUCAGAAUUAUAUAAUCCAACAUCAGUAUAUGUUGAUUUAAACGGAAUAAUGUAUAUAGCUGAUGCGAGCAAUUACAGAGUCCAAAAAGUUUUGCCAAAUCAACCAUUAGGCUUUACUGUUGCUGGUGGAAGAGGAAACGGUUCUACACUUGAUAAAAUUGGUCUUGUUUAUUCAGUUUUCGUUGAUAAUCAAGGAAAUAUUUACGUUUCAGAAUAUAGUAAUCAUAGAGUUACUUUAUGGUUACCUAACAAUGCAAGUGCUGGUCAAUUGGCUGCCGGCAUAGGUGUUCUUGGAAGUUCAUCUGUUCAUUUAAAUAGUCCAUGGGGUAUUCAUGUUGAUUCAAACAGUACUCUGUAUGUUGUUGAUAGAGGCAAUCACAGAGUGCAACAAUGGAUCAGAGGUAAUACUUACGGUAUUACUAUUGCUGGAACCACAAGUACUUCUGGGUCGAGUUCAUCUCUUUUAAAUUCUCCUACGGCAAUUACUUUUGAUUCAAAUUUUAAUAUGUAA